AUGACACUUUGUACUUAGUUCACACAGUCAGUUUGCAUUUUUAUCUUCUGGCUUUGCUGGGCUACUUUUAUGUUUUUAUGGUAGUGUAAGUGUUGUGUUGACUUCAGACUUUACUCUCAAGAAAUCCACAUUACAGUCUGUUUCAUAUCUGGCUCGGUUAUUCAACGUCUUUGACAUGUGUGGUUAGAAGGCAUUAUCUAUCUUCCAAUGAUCUCAAAAAAUCUGUAACAUGGAUACCUUGUCGGAUCCUGCCUUGAAACUGAAGUACACCAAAUCCAAAUUAAAAGUUAAACGCUGGGAGAGUGAAUUUAAGAAGAAUACGGGAAACAAUCCUUCCAAGGAUGAUAUUAAAGCAGCCCCCUGUGAGAUUCGAGAAGCCUACAAAUGGUACUGGCAAAUUAAGAUUCAUGCUAUCGGCCAAGACUCAAUGUUGGAUGCAACAUUUGUGGAACCCAGAAAAGUAGACAUUGCUCCUCCCACAAGUUCAUUUGAAGAGAAACCAGUUAACUCUUCAACUGUGGUUGAGGGACUUCCCUCAUGCGAGGACCCUUCUCAGACUUUCAAAAUUCCUCACCGUGAAUGCCCUCGUGAAGAACCACCUCUUGAAGUCAAGUCUGUUCUUCAUGGAACGAAGGAAGAGCUUGUCGAGAGCAAUAAAUCAGUAGAGGAACCCUCUGACUCCUUGCCAACUUCAGUCUGGGGAACACACUUAAAUAAAGAGAAGAGUGUUGAAACCAGUUCCCAGAAGAAGGGCCUGAACCGUGCAUCAUCGUCAUUUCAUUUAUCUGAGAAAUUAUUUGUCGGUGCCAAACUAAAGAAAAGAAAUCCAAGGAAAUCUCUUUCAUUUUCUGUUGGUCGUUCCAAAGAGAGAGGUAGUUUAGUUUCAUCUGACAGCCUUACUGCAACCCCAGAUUCCUCUUUCUCUUUGGACAACUCCCAAGCACUUGAGGAUGGGUUCUCAGUCAGUGAUCUUGAAACUCAAGCUAAUAUGCAAUUAGACUUGAACCUAACCAACCAAGACUUCAAACUUGUGAAAAAAGAUAUGCCCUCUGGUAUGAAGAACAUAAGCGCAGUUCAGAAAUUAAUUGAAGAUAAUAUUAGUUCAUCAAAACCUAAACUUGACCGCUCUGUUGACAAAGGUUGGUUGGAAAGAGUCUUGCAAGCAGAUCAAAUUUUGAGCCAGGAGGCAAAAGAAAAUAUAAAUGUUCCAUCUGUGGAGCUUAUGAAAAGUGAUUCUGGCCCUUCAACUCUCUCAGCUGUAUCUGACGACAGUGAUGAUGACAUUAUCUAUGGAAGUGACAAUGAGAGUAAAAGUCCCCGAAAAGUUGAAAAGGAGGAAAAGGCUAGACUUGCAUUGCGACCAACUGUGCCCAGAGAUCCCCCUCCUCCUGUUUCAAUGCAAAGCUCUGCAGAUGCUAUCAAAACUGAGCAUGUAAUUGAUACAUCUGAAAAUCAUGUAAAGAAACGUAAAUUAGAUGCUAUUGAGGCUGCAAUGGCUGUCCUUUCUGAACGACGCAAAAAUGAUAGGAACCUUUCCCAACCGAAGAAGAAGCUGAAAAGAUCUGAGCCAAUUGCUGAAGGGAAAGAUGUAGAUUCUAAUCUUAAAGCUGAAGAUGGCCUCAAAGAUUCUGAUUCAGCUGGUGGUGGUAAGAAGUCAUCAAAGUCAGCAUUGUCCAAAAAGGAUGUAUUAGAGAAAAAAGUUGCUACCGGCUCUGCAAAUGACAAUUUUGUCCGCAUAAACAUGAAAAAGAAAGUAUUUGUGAGAGGUAAAAAGACAAUGAACUUCCAGAAAUACAAGAAGCAACAAUGGAAAAACAAGAAGAAAGAACUUUCUGACCAAGCUAGCGUACAUAUGAGUCGAAUGGAUCCUAGUGAUGGAGCUGCUGGAGGAGGCCUCCAGAAAUGCUUCCAAUGUGGAGAUGUUGGACAUUUUGCCAGGCAAUGUACUAAGAUGAAAGGUGACAGCUUAAUGCCUCUUGGUGAAGGGGAUGAUGUUGAAGAAAGCCCUUUCCCUUCCUUAGAAGAAGUAGAAAAGAUGGCUAAAGAAAAAGGUGGAUUGGUUCAUCUUCGUUCCAGAAAUGCUCCUCUCUCUCAAGCAAACUCCGUCACUAAAACCCUUGAGGAGAGUAAUCAAGAAACUCUUGAUGGGGAGUCUCCUCUUGGUGACAAUCAAGACAUCCAAGAGGCUAGCAUAAUGCAGGAACCAGUUCGUGAGCCAGAGAGAAUUUAUAGGUCAGUUGAACCUCUCUAUUCCACUAAGCCGGAUGGUUCCCUCAUAGACACACCUGCAGAAGUGUAUGAAUGCUUACACAAAUUUGGUCAUGAAAAGUUCCGGCCUGGUCAAGAAGCCGCAGUGAUGAGGAUUUUAUCUGGAUUGUCAACUUUAGUCACAUUAUCCACUGGCUCUGGAAAAUCGCUAUGUUAUCAAUUGCCUGCUUAUUUGUUUGCUACUAAAAGAAAGUGUCUAACAUUAGUUGUGUCUCCAUUAGUUUCUCUCAUGGAUGAUCAGAUUUCUGGCUUACCUUCUUUCAUUAAUGGAGCUGCUCUACACACUGGGCAGACAGAAAAGCAGAGGGAGAAGGUCAUGGACAUGGCAAGAGAAGGGAAACUUCAAUUUCUUCUUGUAUCCCCUGAGGCUGUGGUUUCUGGCGAGAGGCAGAGUGGAUUUGGAAAGUUGUUGAGGUCUUUGCCAGACAUAGCUUUUGCUUGCAUUGAUGAGGCUCACUGUGUCUCACAGUGGUCUCACAACUUUCGGCCAUCAUACCUUGUUAUAUUUAAGGUUCUGCGUGAGAAACUUGGUGUCCAAACUAUUUUGGGAUUGACAGCAACAGCAACACAAACAGCUGUGUCAAGCAUUAUUGAACACAUGCAAAUUCCAGAUGGACGUCUGGGAGUAAUACAGGAUACACCUUUACCCAACAAUUUGGUACUUUCUGUCUCAAGAGAUUCCAUCCGUGACCAAGCUCUGGUAAAACUUCUAAGCUCCCCGGAAUACCAGACUUACCAAUCAAUCAUAGUAUAUUGCAUACGCCGUGAAGAGUGUGAAAGACUUGCUGGACUUCUCAGAACUUAUCUAAAGGACCAAAAUGAAAUUAAGGCUGGGAAAGUAAAAAUUUCUUCAGUUUCUGAGGCUUACCAUGCCGGGCUCAGCUCUGCGAGGAGAAAACAAGUUCAAACAUCUUUUAUGUCAGGUAAUACCCGUAUUGUUGUGGCUACUGUGGCUUUUGGUAUGGGAAUCAAUAAAGCAGAUAUUAGAUCUGUCAUUCAUUUCAAUAUGCCCCGCAACUUUGAGAGUUAUGUACAGGAGGUUGGUCGAGCUGGACGAGAUGGUGAAGUCUCCAGAUGUCAUCUUUUCCUCAACAACGAAGGUAAAGAUUUAAAUGAAUUAAGAAGGCAUAUAUUUGGGGACUCUGUCGAUAGGCACACAAUCAGAAAAUUACUCCAAAGAGUAUUUGUGCCUUGCAAGUGCAACAAAAGCACUACUAAACCUAGCAACAUAGCUGAAUCUUCUGAUGAUAAAAGAGAGGGUACAAACGAGGAAACUGCUUUAAGUGAUCCGGUUACAGAAGUAAGUCAUUUGGACUCUAAGGCUUGUACUGGCCAUGAAGUAGCCUUCAGUGUUGAAGAGACUGUUGCUGCUUUGGACCUUCCUGAGGAAAACAUCACAACUCUCCUGUGCUACUUGGAACUACAUGACAGGAACCUUAUUCAAGUUAUGCCCAGAGCAUAUACUCAUUGUAAGGUGCAGAGUUACAAAGGAAUUAGGCACUUGAGGGAGGUAGCAAGAACGUGUCCUCCUUUGGCAAUGGCUAUUGCUAUGGAAAUUACAUCAGGGGAAUCUCAAAAAUCUAGUCCCACUAUUGAGUUUCCUGUUGUGGAAAUUGCAAGUGCCAUUGGUUGGGAUAGUGGGAUUGUUAAAAGAGAGCUCAUGAACCUGGAGUGGACUAAAGUUAAUGGGAGUUCAAGACGGUCGGGGAUCAAAGUGGAAUUCUCCAAUUUGGGUUUCCGAUUGAAAACCCCUGGCAAUUUGUCACCUGAAAAGCUUGAUGCGGCUCUGGACUUUCUCCAUGACAGAGUUGUCAAGCAAGAGCAAUCUGCUCUACGCCAAUUGCAGACAAUAUUUAAGGCUGUUACCAGUGUAUCUUUCCCCCACAUUAAUGCUGUGAUGUCUGCAGAUGAUGAGGAAAUUGAAUCUAAAUCUAACAAUCUGAAGAGUGUGGUACGGGCAUAUUUCCAAGGGGAACUUGAUAUGACUGAGGAACUCAUAGUUGAGGAAAAACUUGAAAAUGGUGACCAAAUUGCUAACGAUAUUCGACAGUUAGUAAGUAUGUACAAAGAAUGCAGCUUCACAGGACGGGCGGUGGCUCGCAUUUUUCAUGGCAUCGGCAGUCCUAAUUUCUCUCCCAUGGUGUGGGGCCGGUGUCGUUUUUGGCGUGCGCAUUUGGACUCUGAUUUUAAACUGUUGUGCCUUCUUGCAACCCGAGUGCUGCUGAAAAUGCGCUAAGAAGUUAGGAUUCCUUAGCUGCCUGACUGUUUCUGUGAUAAAGGUAGCACGUGUAGUGUUUUUGUUCCAUUUGACUUCUUAGCUGUUUUUAAUAUACUUGAAAGGCCAUGAUUGUAAUGAAGCUAGUCAAUUCUGGGUGUUCAUUGGUUUAAGUUUUAAUGCUUGUUGGUUUUCUUUUUAUAUAUUAGGACUUAAGUGUAAUAUUUUUUUAUCACACCAUUUUAAAUAAUACAUGACUCCAAAAUUUUUAAA